UUCCUGUGGCCUAAGGCUGGUGUGAGGGCAGGCAGACGUCAUACUCAGGAAUCCUUGCUGGGUGCAGCAGCCCCUGACUCACCCAUCUCAUACCAGAAAAAUGAAUCCAACCACCUCAUUGAGUUUUCCAGCUACAUCAAGCUCGCACCUUUAUACUUUAAAACUUCUCUAAAAACUCCUUUUGGAAGGAAAUCAUUCUAAAACAUUAUACUCAUAUGUAGCUCAUUGGUGGUCUCCAGACAGCGCUCAGCGAUGGAAGUUGGGGGUGGGAGCAGCCCCUGGGAGCCAGGACCUAAUAUAAAUCUUUCCAGGAUGCUGAGGAUCUCACAGAAACCAAUGGCUCCUACUAAGCUAUGUUUUCAGAAGUUAUAACAGUGUCAGGGGGCUGUUUGCCUUUAUGCCAAAUGGUAUUAGAGCAUCUUUUAAAUGCUUAUGACUGCUUUAAAAGGUUUCUGUGGUGUUGCUUCCCUACUACUUGCUGCUCCAAAUGUGCUUCUGAUCUAUGUGUACACGAACACACAUGAACACAUUAAAAUUGUGAAUAACAGAUAAAUAGUCCAUAAUUGAAGACUAGAGAGUCUAUCUUAUGAGUAAAGCGCAUGAAUAUUGUACCUGCUCAGGAGUCCUUUCUGCUCCCACUAGACCCCACAAUGUUGCUCUGUACUUGGUCUCUAGGUAAAUGAACUGUUACUGCAUGUUAGUCCGAUUACCAUUUGCCUCUUCGAUUGGAAAAGUCCACCAAAGAUUGCAAUAUGGAUUGUUCCCAAUAAUAGGAGACAGUUGGAAUAUUUAAGACAAGGAAGGCAGCAUAGGAUAGAGAUGAAGAAGCAUCUUUGGCAUUGGAAAAAUGUGGGUGAGAGUCCUGGUGUCCCUACUUUUUUUCCAGCUGCAUGAUUGAUUUGGAGGCAGGCCAUCCGCCUACCAUUCUGAGCCUUACAGCCAUGAGGAUGAAAGAUACUGUAGGAAGACCUGACAAAAAUGGGGUCAGCAGGGGCUAGGAAAUCGGAAUGUUUGGGUGCUUGCAGGUGUCAGGAAGGAAGACCAAGAGUAAUUGGGCAGGAAACGAGCAGUAAAUGAGACACCCAUCCUGGCUUUACAGAAGGCGGUAGACCCUGUGUCUGCCUUGUGUAGCCCAGAAGCCCUGGUGGCUGUCCCAGAGAGGGACUCAAGGGGAGGGGCUAGCACUCUACCCCACCUUGGGGUUGGGAACCUCCAGAGGGUUAGUCUCUUCCUUCUUUCCUGCUCCAAUUAACACUAGGCUGGUGGGCCUGGCAGGGAGGGAGAAAAAGAGGAAGUCCCACAAUGGUUUGCAGCACCUGAACUUCGUGACAAAAGGAAGCAGCCCAAACAAAGCAAACAUCUCUCCUUCCUCAAAGCCCCAUCUACGUAGGGACCAGGCUGGGAAAUGGGUACUUCUCUGGGCCUUAGCCCAGAAGGGGUGGUGUGGGGAAGGAGAGGAUGGCAGGGAAGCUUGGUGGCAAGGUGGGUGCCUCCCAUCUCUGCAUUUCUUUUGGUUUCUGCCUCUAGCCCUCCAUUUAGCCACAGAGCACCUACUCUGGGCUAGACAUUGGGCUAGGGGUCUGGGAACACGGAGAUAAAUGAUGCAUAAUCCUGGCUCCUGGAGAAAGACCUCUCGGUCCUGUGUCCCUGCCUCCCGCCUUCCUUACCCACCAAACCCUCGCCCCACUUCUCUGAGACCCUGUCUCCUCUGCUCUCUGACUUUGUUCUGUCUUACCCGGACUCUGCAGUGUUGUGCUCCCAGAGGGAAGCGACACAAAGCGGGGAGGGCAGAAAGGAGGGAAUCCCGCUGACAUCACUGUUCAUUAGCAUGUGUGACCUCAUCAGGGGCGGGACAAUUUCCCCAGGUGUCUAGGGGGGAGGACACGUGGUGGGGGGGUGGUAUUUAAAGGGAAAAGCUGACAGUGCUGCUAAAUGAGAUAGCGGUGCUGCUGGUCGCCCGGGCUGCACACACACGCACACCGAUGCAUUCGGACCUGGACGCCGACAUGGACACGGACACAGAAACCACAGCACUCUGCCCCUCCGGCAGCCACCAGAAUUCCCCCCCAGGGACGCCCACACCAGAAGCAAAUGCCACCCUGCUGAAGAAGUCAGAGAAACUGUUGGCAGGGUUGGACCGGAGCGGGCCACCUUCUGCCCCCGGGGUCCCCAGACGAAGAGGCAGCAUGCCUGUCCCCUACAAGCACCAGCUGCGGCGGGCCCAGGCUGUAGAUGAACUUGACUGGCCACCUCAAGCCUCAUCCUCUGGCUCUUCUGACUCCUUGGGCUCAGGGGAGGCAGCCACCACCCAAAAGGAUGGCAUCUUCAAGGUCAUGCUUGUGGGGGAGAGUGGCGUGGGCAAGAGCUCCUUAGCGGGCACUUUUGGCGGUCUCCAGGGAGACAGUGCUCACGAGCCGGAGAACCCAGAGGACACCUAUGAGAGACGCAUCAUGGUGGAUAAGGAGGAAGUAACCUUAGUUGUUUAUGACAUCUGGGAACAGGGGGAUGGCGCGGGGUGGCUGCAGGACCACUGCCUUCAGACCGGGGAUGCCUUUCUCAUCGUCUUCUCAGUCACUGACCGACGAAGCUUCUCCAAAGUUCCAGAGACUCUACUUCGACUCCGCGCUGGGCGGCCCCACCACGACCUGCCUGUCAUCCUCGUUGGAAACAAGAGUGACCUGGCCCGCUCCCGGGAGGUCUCACUGGAGGAGGGCCGCCACCUGGCAGGAACACUGAGUUGCAAGCACAUCGAGACGUCGGCCGCGCUGCACCACAACACGCGGCGGGGCAGCCCCGAGGGCCCCGCGCCACCCGCGCGCCGCGAGAGCCUCACCAAGAAGGCCAAGCGCUUCCUUGCCAACCUGGUGCCCCGCAACGCCAAGUUCUUCAAGCAGCGCUCUAGGUCGUGUCACGACCUCUCCGUGCUCUGAGCCGCGGUCGCCAUGGUCACCGCGGUCGCCAUGGUCACCGCGGUCGCCAUGGUCACCACUCUCGGCUCGCCCCCCCCCCCCCCCCCCCC